AUGUACCGCGCGGCCGCCAGCCUUGCCUCCAAGGCCAGCAUGCCGGGAGCAGCGCUCGCCAGCUUGGCCUGGAGCAGGAACUAUGCUGCUAAGGACAUCAAGUUUGGUGUCCAAGCCCGGGCCUUGGUGCUGAGGGGUGUUGAAGAAUUGGCUGACGUUGUCAAAGUGACAAUGGGCCCUAAGGGAAGAACUGUUAUUAUUGAGCAAAGCUUUGGUGCACCUAAAGUUACAAAGGAUGGAGUGACCGUUGCCAAGAGCAUUGAAUUCAGUACUACAUGUGCCACUGUUCUGACAAAGGCUAUAUUCACUGAGGGUUGCAAGUCCGUAGCCGCUGGAAUGAAUGCCAUGGAUCUGAGCCGUGGUAUCUCAAUGGCUGUUGAUUCUGUUGUCACGAACCUAAAAAACAUGGCAAAAAUGAUCAGUACAUCAGAGGAAAUAGCACAGGUGGGUACUAUAUCAGCUAAUGGGAAAGGGAAAUUGGAACUAAAUGAUCCCUUGAUAUUGAUACACGACAAAAGAGUAUCAAAUGCGCACUCCGUGGCCAAAGCGAUGGAGUUAGCUAUGAAGAAGCAAAAACCUCUGCUUAUUGUCGCAGAAGAUGUAGAAGGUGAAGCGUUGGGUACCCUGAUUCUUAACAAGCUCCGUGGAGGUGUUAAGGUCUGUGCGGUCAAAGCUCCUGGUUUUGGGGGGAGCAGGAAAACCAACUUGCAGGACCUUGCUAUCCUUACUGGGGGAGAAGUUAUAACUGAAGAACUUGGGAUGAACCUUGAGAACUUUGAGCCUCAGAUGUUUGGCACUUGCAAGAAGGUUACAAUUUCUAAGGAUGACACUGUCAUCCUUGAUGGAGCUGGGGAUAAGAAGGCAAUUGAAGAGAGAACUGAGCAUCUGAGAUCUGCGAUUGAGCAAAGCACUUCUGACUAUGACAAGGAAAAGCUUCAAGAGCGAUUGGCAAAGCUUUCUGGUGGUGUUGCUGUUCUAAAGAUUGGUGGAGCAAGUGAAGUGGAAGUUAGUGAGAAGAAGGAUAGAGUGACGGAUGUACUAAAUGCAACCAAAGCUGCAGUGGAGGAGGGUAUUGUGCUAGGUGGGGGUGUUGCUCUUCUCUAUGCUUCAAAAGACCUGGAUACAUUGGAGACUGCAAACUUUGUCCAAAAGAUUGGUGUCCAAAUCAUUCAAAAUGCUUUGAAGACCCCGGUGCAUACUAUUGCUUCAAAUGCUGGGGUAGAAGGGGCUGUUAUUGUUGGCAAGCUUUUGGAACAGGAGAACACUGAUCUAGGCUAUGAUGCAGCUAAAGGCGAGUAUGUGGAUAUGGUGAAGGCUGGUAUCAUCGACCCGCUUAAAGUGAUUAGAACAGCCCUAUUGGAUGCUGCAAGUGUAUCAUCUCUUUUGACUACCACAGAAUCUGUUAUUGUUGAGAUCCCCAAGGAAGAGAGUAGUGCAUCAGCAAUGGGCAGCAUGAAUGGGAUGGAAUACUGA